AUGCAGACUGUAUGUCAGCUGAACUGGAUCUUGCGAGUCCCACAGGGAAGGGGUGUGUGGGGUACAAGAACGAUGUUUAAAAAAAAAAUCCAAUGUCAAAAUGGCAACGUUACACUAAACAAUUCUUCUGAUAGUCCUGGGCAGAGGAGAGAGGG